UUUAUCUAAUCUUUGUCAUCGACAUUCGACAAAAAUAUCGAAAACAAAGACUUGACAAAGACGCAGCGUUUUCAAUUUUCUUUACAACCGUAGAACCGUACAGCGAUUGAUUCACUAGUUUCUGAAAAGUGAAAAGUCUGAAUAAGGCAUAAGUAUUUCUAUUUUUGUGUUUGCUUUCAUUAGCAUGUGUUUCGUAGUUUGUGUUUGAUAGAUCAAAGUUCUUCAAAAAUGGUUAUUCGCACCAGAGAAAUCGUUGAAAUUAUGGCUGAUUUAGCCAGGCACGAGAAUAUACGAGUCAACAUUACCGAAAGUCUCAAAGGUGGUUUGGUAACGGGAGCUUCCGCAUUUCUCGGCGGUGUUUUCUUGGGACCUUUAGGAAUAGCAGCUGGAGCUGCCCUGGGAGGUCUCACUGCAGCGAGCACUUGCUCAAAUUUCCGUCCUAUUGCAGAAAUUCUGCUGAAUGAUCUUACCUCGGCACAGCAAGCUUUGUUGGUAAAUAGAGUGAAUAACGUAAUUCAGAAUCUCGGCGUAGAAGACGUAGUUACGUUAACAGCAAUGAUUGCUAGUCGUGGAGGAUUACGUGACAAUUUAGUAGAUGUUUUACGGUUAUUUGUUACCAGCGAUUUACAUUACUCUCUUGCUCGUUAAACGAAAGCACAAAAUGAGCAUUUAGAUGUCUAACGCGUUAUUGGUUGUACAUAUAUUUCAAUUUCAUGAUUAUAUCAAAUAUUCGAAAUUAGUCAAUUGUUUUAAUGUUACUAAUUUUUAUAUAGAUCUUGAAACGUUUACGUGCCUUUGGUUAUUUUUAUUAUAUAAUGUAUGGUUUUAAAAUGUGAUUUUUUUUCUCUAUAAUUUCAAUUUAUCAUGUUCUCAAACUCUAUUUUAUAAAACAGUUUGUCGACUGAUCUUAGCUUGUACUUUUAUUAUUACGCAAUUUCCUAGUUUACGAUUUUAUAAAUUUAUUUUUCAAAGGUGUCGAUGUAAAAUAAUAUAUUGUUUUUUCGUUUCGUA